CCAUCCUCAAAAAGAAAAACAGUAAACUCAGGAGAUAGUAAGUUAUGGCUGUUCACAGAGUUAGUUUCCUUGCUCUCCUCCUAUUUGGAAUGUCUCUGCUUGUAAGCAAUGUGGAAUAUGCAGAUGCCAAGGCUUGUCCUCGGAAUUGUGACGGAAGAAUUGCCUAUGGGAUUUGCCCGCGUUCAGAAGAAAAGAAGGACAAUCAAAUAUGUACCAAUUGUUGCGCAGGCACGAAGGGAUGUAACUACUUCAGUGCAGAUGGAACUUUUGUUUGCGAAGGAGAGUCUGAUCCUAGAAAUCCAAAAGCUUGUCCCCGAAAUUGUGACGGAAGAAUUGCCUAUGGGGUUUGCCCACGUUCAGAAGAAAAGAAGGACAAUCAAAUAUGUACCAAUUGUUGCGCAGGCACGAAGGGAUGUAACUACUUCAGUGCAGAUGGAACUUUUGUUUGCGAAGGAGAGUCUGAUCCUAGAAAUCCAAAAGCUUGUCCCCGAAAUUGUGACGGAAGAAUUGCCUAUGGGGUUUGCCCACGUUCAGAAGAAAAGAAGGACAAUCAAAUAUGUACCAAUUGUUGCGCAGGCACGAAGGGAUGUAACUACUUCAGUGCAGAUGGAACUUUUGUUUGCGAAGGAGAGUCUGAUCCUAGAAAUUCAAAAGCUUGUCCCCGAAAUUGUGAUGGAAGAAUUGCCUAUGGAGUUUGCCGGAGUUCAGAAGAAAAGAAGAAUAAUCAAAUAUGCACCAAUUGUUGCGCAGGCACGAAGGGAUGUAACUACUUUAGUGCUGAUGGAACCUUUGUUUGUAAAGGAAAGUUUGAUCCAAGAAAUCCAAGACCUUGUCCCCGAAAUUGUGAUCCAAGAAUUACCUAUGGGGUUUGCCCGCGUUCUGAAGAAAAGAAGAACAAUCAAAUAUGCACCAAUUGUUGCGCAGGCAUCAAGGGAUGUAACUACUUCAGUGUUGAUGGAACUUUUGUUUGCGAAGGAGAGUCUGAUCCUAGAAAUUCAAAAGCUUGUCCCCGAAAUUGUGAUCCAAGAAUUACCUAUGGGGUUUGCCCGCGUUCUGAAGAAAAGAAGAACAAUCAAAUAUGCACCAAUUGUUGCGCAGGCAUCAAGGGAUGUAACUACUUCAGUGUUGAUGGAACUUUUGUUUGCGAAGGAGAGUCUGAUCCUAGAAAUUCAAAAGCUUGUCCCCGAAAUUGUGAUCCAAGAUAUGCAUUAAUUGUUGCGCAGGCAUGAAGGGAUGUAACUACUUUAGUGUUAAUGGAACUUUUAUUUGUGAAGGAGAAUCUGAAUAUGCAAACAAAGUAGAGAAUGAUCUCCAGAAGUCCAAGGUUGCUGUUUUCUAAGUCCUAACUGCUAAUCUGUAGUCUAUGUAUGAAACAAAGGCAUGACAAUAUGCUCUGUCUUGCCUGUAAUCUGUAAUAUGGCAGUGGAGCUUUUCCACUGCUUGUGCUAGUUUUCAAAGUGUUUAAUAACAAAUGGAGCACUAGUUUGUUCUAGUUAGUGAUGCU